CAUAUUCUACCAUCAACAACAGCACCCAACUUUCAUCAAUACAUUACCGUCAUCACCGUCAUGGUUACUACCGAUGAUGAUCAAAGCAACGCUUCUUGUUUCCAUGACGAAGAGGCUGAUCUAGUUGCUACCCCCAAGGAUCAAUCCGCGAUCAAACGAGAGAAGAUUGCAGAGACUGAAGACAGAGCUCUAUUCUGUUUGCGGCUGCUGGUAAUCUUCUUUCUGGUGGCGGCUGCAGUUGGGAUAUCGACGUUGGUCUAUAUGUACUUGUCAGGAGAAGAACAGCGCGCAUUUGAAUCUCGAUUCAACAGUGAUGUCCGCAAGAUCUUGGAUUCGAUUGGUUCGACCUUGGACCGCACUUUGGGGCCAGCCGAUGCUCUGAUUGUCAACACGUUGGCAUAUGCCAAGACAGCCAAUCUGAGCUUUCCAUUUGUCACACUGCCUUUGUAUGGACUGCAAGCGACCAAGUUGCUGAGAAUCAGCAAAGGCUUUCAGAUCCACAUGAGCUUUGAAGUGAGAGAGGAUCAAAAAGAAGAGUGGGAACAGUAUGCUGAGAGCCACUUAAAGGCAAUCGAUGAAGCCCUGGACAUUGAAGAGGGAGACCCAGACUGGUAUGGACCUGUCUAUCGCGACUAUGGCAGAUGCGAAAUAUACUCUUGGGGAGGAGUCCCCAAAGAAGCACCCAACAAUAUCACCAACACCUACAUUCCGAACUGGCACGAGUUUCCAGUGUCCUCUGGAUCCAGCAACAUCAGUGGCGGUUGUCCAUAUAACUUUGAUCAAUACAAUUUACCGGAUGUCUUGCAAGCCAUUCUGUACAUGAAAAAGACACAGAAAGCCGUCAUUGGUAACUUUCCUAACGUCAACUUUGAUGUGAGUGAUCCAGCACAAGCACAGAUCAAAGCAAUCAUGGAUGCUGGUAUACAACAGUUGUUGCCUCCUGGAACCGAUGCUCGUGAGCCAUUUACACAAGUGGCCAUUCCCAUUUUUGAUUCGGUGGAUAGCGUCUACGUCGACACUUCCGAACCUCAGAGAUUCCUUGGAUUCAUGGCUCUCUCCAUCAUGUUUCGAGAUCUUAUUGAAGGGCUCCUUCCACCAGACUCUAACGGCAUCUAUCUAGUAUUGGAACAAAGCUGCGGUGUCCCAUUCACAUACAAACUCGAUGGUCACAAAGCAACCUACAUCGGGGUGGGGCAUCAGCACGAAGAAGAAUACAGUCAUAUGAUGCAGGAACAUGAUUUGGCGGGCCUCAUUGUUGCGACCCACAGCGAGACUCGUGACAGUACCUACACGGGGAUCCCACUUUCCACCGAGUUUUGUCCCAAUACCAUCAAAAUAUACCCUUCAGCGCAGAUGGAAGCCAAUUUUACCUCCUCCUCUCCCAUCAUCAUGGGAUCUAUCACGGCUGCAAUCUUUCUCUUAACAAGUCUAACCUUUGCGACCUACGACUGUCUGGUAAGUCGCCGGCAACGACUCGUCAAAGAGAAAGCAAUGGAGUCUGGGGCUAUCGUGGAAUCGCUGUUUCCAGAAGAUGUUCGAAACCGAUUGUAUCAAGAGAAUCGACAACGGCAAACUAUGGAACAACAAAUUUCCAGAUUUGAAGCAACAACACCCAGCGGGCAUUUUCAGCGCAACACGAACCAGAUUGCUCAAGUCUAUCACAACACGACCAUCUUCUUUGGGGAUUUAGCUGGCUUCACCGCAUGGUCGGGAUCACGACAACCAAACGAAGUAUUUGAACUAUUGGAGACGCUGUAUGGUGCAUUCGAUGCGAUUGCCAACAAGCUUCACGUGUACAAGGUCGAGACAAUUGGAGAUUGCUAUGUGGCCAUCACAGGCUGCCCCAACGAGCAAGAGGACCACUGUGUUCGAAUGGUCCGUUUCGCUAAGGAGUGCAUGGCACGAACGACCUCAGUCACACAGAGACUCUCGGACGUGUUGGGUGCCGAUACCAUGGACUUGUGCUUUCGUGUCGGACUCCACAGUGGACAUGUGACAGCGGGUGUGUUGCGGGGAGAGAGGGGUCGUUUUCAGCUCUUUGGGGAUACAGUGAAUGUUGCUUCCAGGAUGGAGUCCAAUGGUGUCAAGGGUCGUAUCCAUUGCUCUGAAGAAACCGCGCGCAUUCUUCGAGUUGCUGGGAAGGGGUCGUGGCUUGUUCCUCGGGAAGACAAGAUUGUUGCCAAGGGAAAAGGGGAGUUACAGACUUACUUUAUUGAAACAACAGGAAUAGCCAAAAGCACUGUCUCGAGUGUUUCAACACAUACCACGAACGCCUCCCACGUCGACUCAACACAGACUACCAGCACCUCCCGUUUAGACUCCUUGGAGCCGAGUACAACAACAAAGAAUCAAACGAGAAGUAUCUUAUCCAAUACAAUGGCACAUGUAUCCAGGAGUAUGAAGGAUGAGAUCACAGCAACUUGGCCACUUUCCGAGCACGUAGAAACUCUCGUGGAAUGUUAAAACAGGAGGUUGAGACCAGCCAGCCCCCGGUCGAUAACGGAACACCCGGUACACAUCCUCCGCUUGCCUCUCACUGGUAGAAACUAAAGCUGUAACUGACUAUUAUCUGAUG